GAAUAUAUUAUGUAAAUGAAUGCGUUAGCCACCCUCUUCCUGAGCUCGCUGCGUUGUUAUGGGCGGGGUCAGCUAGGCGCACAUACGUGUGUCGUCACAGGCUGCGUCAUCCGUCUGCCCCCCGCGCUGGUGGCCUGCGGGUUCCGGCUCGCGCCGCACUCUGACAUGCGGGCCCCGGGGCCCUGCGGCCCCGUGCUACUGCCGGCCGCCCUGGCGCUGCUUGUCAUGUCGGCAGCACUCCGGGUCUUCGAGGGCGGCGCCGGGUCGCGGCCCCCCGCAGGGGAGCCAGCCCGAGACGGGCUGCGGAGGACGCUGGAGGAGCCGCGGGCGGCGGGCCGGGCGUGGGGGCCGCUGCCCCUGGGAGCCUUGUACGCCGUGGGCAUCCUGGCCUUCGUGCUGCGCCGGUGUCUGCAGGGACAAGAGGAGGCCGAAGUUUCCUCGGAGGACAAGUCCGCCGAGAAGGAGCUUCUGCGCAGAGAAGAGCAGCUGGCUCAAGAACUGGCCAAGACGGAGCAGCUCCUGGGUGGUGUGCUGGACCAGCUGGACCCUCUGUUUGAACGUGUGGACGCUCUGGCCGGAGCCCAGCAGGACCUGCUAACCCUGAGGCUUCACACCAUCAGCCAGCUGUUAAAGGACAAAGGGCUGGACACCACUCUUGCUUCUCAAGGUACCCGGACCGGCCAGGAUUCAAAUUCCAACCGCCACCAAAGGAGGCGGGGCCGCGGAAGGGAAUUCUGCACUGCGCCCCCUGUCGCUUCGGAGACCAAGACUUCGCCGAUACUGCGCAUGUACGAAGAAGGCCUCGGGCUGCGGUGCAUUCCUCUCUUCUUGCCUCCUCCGGCUUUCCCGCUGUGCGCAUGCGCACACUCCUCCUCUCUCUCCCCCCCCCCCCCCGGUCUGUGCUUGGGUUGUUCUAGGUGGGGUGAGUAGGACCUGCCUCCACGCCCCAUCCCAGAACUUGGCUGAAUCCGAUGGGGGUGAGGACCAGAAAUGCAGGCCUUUGGGAUUUUAUGGUGGGAGCCAAGUAGCCUAGUGAUUCAGUCCCCGUUUUAUUGAUGAUGGACACGAGGUUCAGAGAGGCUGAAUGAUUUUUCAAAGUCACACAGCUAGCAAGUGGAGCAGGAAGGGCUUUAGGCUAAGGCCUGCUGACUACUCAUUGCCAAUGUUCUUCCCAUUAAUUCAGUUAUACUCAAUAUUUAUCAGCUGCCUUCGAGCCAAAGACAGAGGAGGUCUGUUUCCAGGGACAUUGGAGCUGACCCAAGGGACUUUGCCCUGGGUCCCAGCCUAUCCUGUUACUGCUUUCUAAACUUCAUUGGCUCCUAAACCCAAGCUAGCUAAAGGCAGCUAGGCUCCUGCCUCUUCUGAUGCCCGAGUCUGCUCUCUGCGUACAGAGAUCCGCCACACCCGCUGGCUAGUUACCUGCCUACUUCCUCCUGUUGUUGUCACUGAGCUGCUGUUCUUAAAACCAGCACCCUCAUUUCCUCUUUCCUCCCCCCCCAAAAAUGUGAUCACACAAGCCAGACCACAAGAAAGCUCUUUGUUUUUGCUCACAAGCAAUUUGCUACACGAAUAGCAAGGAUAAGGAUGCUCCUAGAGAAUGUCAUCCAACCUCCUCAUUUUCCUGAUGUGGAAACUGGGAUGCAGUGACCUCCCCAAAGUCAGAGGAAGCAGGUUGCAGGGCAGUGAUUCCAAACCCAGGUCUUUUUAGAUGCCCAUCAACUGGGAAAUAGCUAAACAAAUUAUGGUGCAGGAAUGUAAUGGAAUAUUACUGUGCUGUAAGAAAUGAUGAUACAAAGAGGCAGGGAACAUGAAUGUAUGAACUGACAAAGAGUGAAGUAAGCAGAGCCAAGAAUAUACUAAAAUGCUACAAAAAUAUAAACGGAAAGAACCACCAAAAAAAGGAAUUCUACAAAAUUAUAAAGAACAAGUACUUUUUGAAAGAAGAGAUGAGAAGACAGUCUCAUUCCAAAUCCUUUCAGAGGGGGGAGGUCCAUAAGGGAUGUACAUAGUACUUAUUUUCAGACUUUUCUAAUAUAUUGAUCAAUUAAGCUGAUUUUUCCCUCUUUUUGAUCUUUAAAAACUAUUUGUUAUAAGGGAUGGCUCUGUGGAAUUUGGGAGCAGGGUAAGGAUACUGGGGAAAACUACAUAUGUAAGAAGCCAAAUCAUCAAUAAAAAUUUAUUUUAAAAAAACCCCCAACAACAACAAACAACCCAGGUCUUCCGUCUCCAAAUCCAAUGCCCUUUCCAGUGUGCCACACUGCAUUGCCUUCAAGGCUACGGAUAGAAGAAAACCACCCAGCAGUAGUGUAGAUGGUAUUCAGAUUUCCCAAACUAUUAACUCAUUUUUUUUAAAUCACUCUUUAAGGUUUGCAGAGCAUUUUCCUCACCUCCCAGUGAGGUAAGUAAGGUAAAUAGUCAGCUCAAACAAACAUUAAGUACCUAGUCUGAUACCCAUUUUGGAGAUGAGGAAAUGAGGUUCAGAAAGUGUACUUAGUAUCAAAUAAUGAUAUCGCCAGGACUGAAACCCAAGGUUUCUGAUUCCAAAUCCAAAAUUGUAAAUCCAGUAGGCCAAGAUGCCCUUCUUAAAAAUGGCUCAAGUUUCUACAGCAUUUUAAAGAUUGACAAUGUACUUUUUGCACAGCAACCCUGAAGCAGACGGUGCAAGUAUUAUUAUACCCAUUUGCUCUAAGAGGCUGAGUGACCCAGUGGGAAAAAUGUUGUAUCAGAAAUCAGAAAGACCUAGAUUUAGAUCCCACCUCUGAGACUUAUUAGCUGUGCUACAAAGGGUAAGUCGCUUAAAAUUCCUGAGCCUGAAACAAUUCUUUAAGACUAUAUAUAAUUAAACUUUUUAACCUUUUUUGUAUACUGGACACCACUGGCAGCCUGGUGACACCGUCUCAGAAUUAUGUUUUUAAAUGCAUAUAAGGAAAUCUGUAGGGUUGCAAAACAGUAUUGAAGUAGAAUUUAUAUGUAUGUAUGUGUAUAUAUAAUGUGUGUAUGUAUAUAUAAAACGUAUGCAUAUGUGUGUAUACAUAUAUUUUAUAUUCACGGACCCCAGGUAAAGAACUCCAAUAAUAAGGUAUUGUUUCUCACUAAUGCUUCUGAGCCCAGCUUGGCCCCAUGGAUCUCUCUAGUCUUAAAGCCCAAGUAUAUUCCUCUCUGGCAGGAUCCCCCAAGAACAGUAGUAUCUUCCUAGCACCGGAGCCCCUCCAGACUGAUUUGGGAUUCACCUGAGUACUUUCUCUGGAGAAGAAAGCUUGCUUUUCCACCACCCCAGGACCCACUUUCUGGAAGUUUCCUGAUUGAUUGCAGGCUGCCUUUGGGUGAUCUACCCACAUUCCUACUUAAUCCCUUGACUAAUAGCUGACUAAUACUUUCCCACAUAUUUUAAGGGUCCAUGCUUUCAUCGCUGUGGGUAUUAGUUCUAUUAAUUCAUAUCACAAACUUUCCAUGCUUUAAUUUUGCAAGUUUAGUAAGGUGAUGUAGUUGUAAAAAAAAAUCCUCCCCACUUGGUUACCAAGUUUGAGGCAAGGAGCCUCUCCAAAUUUAGCCGGGUUGGUCCUUAGACAGCAGGCUUAGACAUUCUGCUUUAAAGCCUUGUCCUCAAAGCCCUUCCAACUGGGAAGGACCUGUUGGAACAUGCUUUCCCCUGGUAUAGCCCUCCAGAGGCCAGGUUUACCUCCCCACCAGCAUGAGGAAUCUUGGAGGAGGAGGAGGAAUAAUUUUUUAAAAGCUUCUUACUCUGACACACAAGGCUAUCCAUGAUCCAGUUCCAACAUGUCUAGCUUUUCUUACGCUUCUCCUCUUAAAACAUAGCCAAACUAGUCCACUGUGCUCCGCUUUCUUAUCCUUACCUCUCUUGUCCCUUCACUUUUGCUCACAUUGUCCCCGAUGCCUAGAGUGGAUGUCCUCUCCACCCUAUCCUCUCCAUCUGAUCCAUGUCCCUUGCUAUCUGUUGAAGGUCCCUCUUUUUCUUCAAAGCUCAGUUCAAAUUUUGCCAAAGCAAACACCUCUGUCUGCACAUAUGAUCUCAUUCCAGCCCAUCUUCAGCAGAUUUCCAACUCUUUUCUUACUAAUCUUCAAUCUCUUGUUGUCUACUGGCUAUUUCCCUGCUGCCUACAAACAAAGCCCAUGUCUCUCCCAUUCUUAAAACAAAACAAAACAAAAAACCAUCACUUGAUUUGCCCACCCCCUCUUGCUACCAUCCUAUAUCUUUCUUCCCUUUCCUGGUUUACCUUCUCAAGAAAGCUGGUUAUAAUUGCUGCCUUGACUCCCUUUCAUCUCACUCUUUUCAACUCUACAAUCCAGCUUCCAACCUCAUCAUUUAGCUGAAAAAGCUCUCUCUGAAGUUACUGGGGUUCUCUUAAUUACCAAAUCUGUUGAAAUUUUUUCCUUAAUUUUCGUCUUCCUUGACUUUUCUAUUACCUUUAACCCUGUCCAUCACCCCCUUCUUGAUACUUUCUUCUUUUUGGGUUUUUGUGGCACAGCUGCCUCCUGUUUCUCCUUCUACCUGUCUGACCACUCCUCCUCAGUUCCUUUUUGCUGGAUCUUCAUCCAGGUCAUGCUCGAUAAAGGGGGGAUAUCCCCCAAAACCCUAGUCCCUUUUCUCUUCUUCCUCCAUACUGUUUCAUUUAGUGCUCUCAUCAGAUCCCAUAGAUUCAAUUAACAUUGAAUCCUCAUCAUUUAUACAGAUGAUUUUUUUUACAGAUGAUUCUCAGAUCUGUUCAUCCAGCCCUACCCUCUCUCCUGACCUCCAGUUUCCUGUCGCCAGCUGCUUAUUGGAUAUCCCUGACUGGAUGUUCUAUAAACGUCUCAAACUCAACAUAUCUGUUUCUCCAAAACAGAACUCAUUAUGUUUCUUCCCAGACCUUUUUCUCUUCCUAAUUUCCUAUUGCUAUCUUAAAGCACUACCAUUCCCGGUCACCAAGGCUCACAACUCCUCUCCUCCUCAACUUGGAUUGAUAUCACAUAUCCAAUCUGUUGCCAAGCUCUUUAUUUCUACUUCUACAACAUCUCUCAUAUAUGUUCCCUUGUGCCACUCACACAACCGCCUUCCUGGUCCAGGUCUUCAUCGCCUCUCAUCUCCAAUAGCUUUCUAGUUGUAGGCCCUGCCUCAAGUCUCUCCCCACUCCACUUAGCUGCCAAAGUGAUCUUUUCUAAAGCACAGAUCUGACCAUGUCAGCCCCAAUUCAGUAAACUCCAGUGGUGCCCUAUUCCUUCAGGAUCAAAUAUAUAACCCUCUGUUUAGCUUUCUUGGACAUUAAAUCUGAUUCUGGAGCCUAGUCGUCUAGCCAGAGAAGGAAGAUGACUUGGACGAGGACAGUCUUAGAAGUUGCCUCAUGAGUGGCCCCAAGUUCUAGAUUCUUGGAAUCUUUUCUUCUACUUAAAGAAGAGGAUUUUCCUGUAUCAAAUUGUCCUAAAAUCUAGCCCUCUUGCCAUAAAAGGGAGUAUUGGGCAGCCUUGGCAUCUGCAUUGAGAAUAGUUCCCAAUUUCAAGAGUCCUAGAAUUCAGCCAGACAAGGGAGAUUUCCUAGGCAGCAGGAUCUCAGAAUCUAGGCUUUUUAUCCAGAGAUUUCUUGAUCAACACAGGUCUUAGAGACUGCCUUGUUAGUAUACCCAAGCUUGAAAGUUUGGCUAUCUGAGCUUCUGAGAGAGAUGAUUUCCUAACCACUGUGUAUCCUAGAGAAAGAAGAGGAUUGCCCACAUGGCCCCUGCAACCAGAGGAACAGGAGGGGUUAAAGCCAUGACCUGAGGGUUAUAACUUUACCACACCUUCUAUUCCCAGGAAUGAUUCAGUUAUUGGUAUGCGGGGGUGGGGAACCUGUGACCUCAAGGCCACAUGUGGCCUCCGAGGU